ACUGUUCUUGGAAGGUCGUUUGUUUGUGUGGAGAUUUCUUAUCUGGGAUCUCUCUCUUUGAGAAUUUCUCUCUCUGAAAACCUCUGAGAGUUGGAGAGGGAGAGAGUGGCCCAGCAGAUCGAAAUCUCCUCUUUUUCUUCAACCCAGUGACGAUCUAGGCGUCGUCAAUGUUGUUGCAAAAUCACCUACUUUGUUUUUUUGUACUAUAAUUAUUGGUUUUAGCUACCUUUUUGCUCCCACGAUUCCAAAAGGCUGAAUCUCUUGCUGUAUGUGGAGGUCCCUUCAGUGGAGGAAUCUGGGAAGACCGCGACGGAAUUUUGAGGAGAGGUGGUAGGAGGUGACGGUCUGAGGUUGAAGAUAUAAGAUGGAAAUCUGUUAGUUAAACCCUUCCUUAAAAAUGGGGACCAAAUUGCAGAAUCUACCACUGUACCACUCAAUGAGGGACCUUAACGAGGAAUCCAGCAGUUGUGGCUGGCCUUUAUUUUAUGGAGAUAAAACACAUGCCAAUGGGCAGUAUUAUAAUGAUUAUCAGCCACGUGCAGAGGGAUGCUCAGUAUAUGAUAAAGAUUAUGUGAAACGAAUGAUACUUGAGCAUGAGGCCAUAUUUAAGAAACAGGUCUAUGAACUUCACCGUUUGUACAACGUACAAAAGAGUUUGAUGGAUGAAAUGAAGAGUAAAGAGUUGCGCAAGUAUUGCUCGCCUAUUGAGGCAUCAUUUUCAACAGAUCGCUUGGUAUCUCAAAUCAUAUCUGAAGAUGGUCAAAAAUGGCAUUAUUCUGGUUUUCCUAUGGCAAAUUCUGCUGGUGCUUCUGGACCAUAUAUUUCGGGCAUUGAGGGCGUUCAUUCUUCUUUGGGUUCUGCUCAAGGAAAUAGUAAGCAAGCUCGUCUGUUUCCAUUGUCAAAUGGAAGUAGUUCAAAAGAUGUCGUGUUAGAGUCCAGACCCUCAAAGGUGAGGAGGAAAAUGUUGUUUGAUCUUCAACUCCCAGCUGAUCAGUAUCUUGAUACUGAGGAAAGUGAAAAGCUAAGUGAUGAAAAUAUGUGUGGCACAACCACUUACCUUCCUGAUAGAAAUUGUACGCAUGAAAAGGAGAAUAAUGUGAAGCUUUUUUAUGGCAACGGUGGAAAGGCUGGUAGCCAUGAAGACAGUUCUCAAUGUGAUCAGUCUUCAAGGACCAAAAAUGGUUUGGUUGCUGACUUAAACAAACCUGUUCAGGUGGAAGAAACAAAUGUUUCUGCAUAUGAUCAUCUUAAUCAUUAUUCCUGUCAAGGGACAACUGAAUGCUCUGAUCUAUCUGCUAAAGAGAAGUCACGGUUUUUCAAUCUGUCUGGGGAUGUUUCAACCAACUCAUAUCACAGAAGCGAUAGUCGGGCUCAAAACAAUGAAUAUUUGGAGAAGAUUGGGAUCGGAAGAGGAUGGAUUCCAUCAGUGCUUGAAUCAGGGCAAGCCAAAAGUAACGGGAUGCCCAUUCCUCAAGCUCUCAAACAAGAGAAAUCAAGUUUACCUUCCCAAGUUGGGCAAGAUGGACUCAGCAAAGCCUAUGAGCCUCCAUCUGACAAUCUAACUAACUUGAGCAAGGCUGAUUCGUGGAGAAAGACAAUCUACGAUUUAGAAGUCAGUGAAAGAAGUCAUGAAAUGUCCCUGAACAAGCAUCCUGAAUCUGUUGCAUCUUCACGUAGAGUUGGUCUCUCUGCUGCUUCUCCUUCUAACGUGGCUAAGACUUGGUCUCAUUCUUCCUCUUCUGGGGAAAUUGCAGGUAGCUUAAACCAGAAAUUGAUGUCAUUUAAGAUGUCGCCGUGUUUAAAUGCACAUGGUACCUUGAGAAAGAGUUCCUUAUCAGGUCAAAGUGAUGGGAUUUUUGGAGAUAGUUGGCCUGUAAAUGCUAAUUCCAAGUCUAACCCAGCUUAUCGAUCUGAGGUAUCUGUACAGAAGGGAUUUUAUCAUGGGUCUUCAUCAGGGUCCCAGGAGCCAUCUGUGAACAUCUCAUCAAUUAGUUAUGACUAUGUAAACCACAAUAACGAUUAUAAGGGAGUUUCUGAGCACCUUAUUAACCAAGGUUCAGCAAAAUACAAUAGGGUUUUUAACUGCAAUAAUGUGGAGUCUGGAAAAGAUAAAAAUUUAAACGGGCUGUUUUCAAGUGGUUCAUCCAAUAACUGUGUUUCCCAAUCAAGUCUGGGAAUUAAUGACAGAGAACAAAGGCAUGAGGAAAAUCUUUCAGUUUUACCUUGGCUUAAACCCAGGUCGGCUUUCAAGAAUGAAGUGGUAAACACUAGCAGAGGUCUUACAGCCGGGGAGCCAAGCAUCUCACAAGCUGUUUCAUCAUUCAACAAAGACAAAACUGGUAAGGGGCCUACUGGAAGUUUUAUGCACACUCUAACUUCAGCUUCGUGUUCUGAUGAUUUCAAGCCAAGGAGCACAGAGGUAGGUGACGGCUCUCAUAUUAAGAAAAUUCUUGGUGUUCCCAUAUUUGAUAUGCCCCAGAUUUCUCCCAAGGAUGAGUCUUCUUCGUUCACCUCUCCUUCUGUGUCAAUUCCCCACCCAUUUGAUACAGAAGCAGUGGAAAAUAAUCAGAAAAAAGGGAUGCUUGAUAUUAACUUGCCUUGUGAUGUUGGGGUUCUUGAGUUGGAGAAACAGGUUGUUACGGAAAACGUUUCUAGUGGGAAAGAGUCUUCUACAACAGAAGCCAACACUAGAACUCAUAUUGAUUUGAACUUGAGCAUGAGUGAGGAUGAAGAAUCUUUAGCUCCAGUUUCUACUUCCCAAGUAAAAAUGAAGCCCGAAAUAGAUCUGGAAGCCCCUGCUGUUCCUGAGGUAGAGGAGAAUGCCAUUCAAGAGAAGCAGAUGGAAACUCCUCUUGUAUCAGCUAGGGGCUCUCAAGACAUAGUUGGACAGCCAGAGGAUGAACUUCUGAAGUGUGCUGCAGAGGCGAUAGUUGCCAUUUCAUCUCUUUCCUGCAAUCAAGUGGAUGAUAUGAUCGGCAGUCCAUCCGAAAGUCCAAUGGUGGACCCACUUAAUUGGUUUGUGAAUGUAGUUUUGGAUACGUCCAGAGAAAAAUAUGGAGAACAUACUAAGGAGUCGCCUGCUUCUGAAGAAAUGGAUUACUUUGAGUCCAUGACAUUGAAUUUGACAGAGACCAAGGAAGAAGACUACAUGCCCAAGCCUUUUGUUCCAGAAAACUGCAAAGGGGAUGAAUCUGGGCUGACUUUGUUACCUACACGAACUCGGAGAGGUCCUGCAAGGAGAGGGAGGCAGCAGAGGGAUUUCCAGAGGGACAUCCUUCCAGGCAUUGCAUCUUUAUCAAGGCAUGAAGUAACAGAAGAUCUUCAGACAUUUGGAGGGCUUAUGAGAGCCACAGGUCAUCCAUGGCAUUCAGGGUUGACUAGGAGAGGUUCUUCUAGGAAUGGGUGUGGCCGGGGAAGACGGCGAUUGCAGGUGACACCAUCCCCCUCCCCCCCCCUCCCCCUGUGGCAAACAAUGAAACUAGUACUCCACUGAUGCAGCACCUCAAUAAUGUUGAAGUGAUUGGAUUGGAAGAUAGAAGCCUAACAGGUUGGGGAAAGACAACCAGAAGGCCUCGUAGGCAGAGGUGCCCAGCUGGUAACCCUCCACCGGUCCUGUUAACCUAAUUUUAGAAAGAGGCUCAAAUUAAUGGACCAGAGUUUGUGGAGGGUACGCAUGGUCUUUUUCCACAUUUGGUAAAAUCAUGUUCUCAGCUUGGGGGAAUUUUCUUGUACAUUUUUCCCACCCGUAUUUGGGUGAUUAUUCCUGGUUGCCAGUCUCUUGAGUCAUACCAACUUGUAUUGUUUCUGAAUAAUGCUGUUUGAUUUCUUCCAAGUUAUCUCUUUAAAGAACUUCUGAGACAUAGGUCCUCCUUCAGCUAAUGUCUUCUCACUUGGAUUUCUAGAUAGCAGUGAUUAAUUUAGCCAUCGUAGGUACUACUGGGCUGUGUACUGCAUUUGAGUUCGGCCUCCACAAAUAGAGAGCUUUGGUUAGCUUAAGCUAUGUAGUGUAUGAAUUCUCUUACUGUCCUCAAGACACUUUCCGUUCAGAAAUGUAGUUUAAUCAAUACUUUCCUGGGCCUAUUUUAUGUCAAA